AUGAGCCAAAGACAGCGUCGAGACAAGGACAGCAGGGGCCACAGAGACAGAAACGAUAGGGGCGAUAGAAACGAGCGUGGUGAUCGUAGCGACAGAAAUGAUAGAGGCGACAGAGGCAACCGUCUGACGUAUAUGAGCAGACAGGAGAGACCCAAAAAGGAGGCCAUUGUCGACUUGAACAAGUUUCAAGAUCAGAAGGUUGUGGUCAAGUUCAUUGGUGGAAGACAAGUUGUGGGUGUGUUGAAGGGAUUUGACCAAUUGAUGAACUUGGUUUUGGAAGAUGUCACCGAAACGCUCAGAGACCCUGAGGACGAUGCCAUCUUGACAGAAAAAAGAAGAGACUUCAAAGUGGUCGUGGUAAGGGGCCCGCUGUUGUUGACCCUUUCGCCGCUUGAAGGAACAGAGAGCAUUGAAAACCCAUUCAAUAUCGAGCAGCAGUAA